AUGCCUGCCACAACCACCCACAAUAGUGCAUCUAGCACCUACGACGAAGACAUUGCCAUUAUCGGUAUUGAUCUCAAGUUUCCUGGUGAUGCCUCGACUCCCGAGGGGUUCCAGAAGCUUUUGCUUGAGGGUCGUUCUGCCCUGAGUGAUAUCGGCAAAGAACGAUACAACAUUGAUGCUUUCUAUCAUCCAGAUCCCGAAAGGGCUGGUGCUAUCAAUAUUCGUAAGGGACACCAUAUCAAGGGUGAUCUUGCAGCUUUUGAUGCCCCCUUCUUCUCUAUUCCGCCUGCGGAAGCGGCGUGCAUGGAUCCUCAGCAGCGAGGGCUGCUGGAAUGUGUUUACCGCGCUCUGGAAAAUGCUGGUAUUCCCAUGAAGAAAGCUGUUGGUUCCGAUACCUCUGUCUACAUUGGGUGCUUCACACGCGAGUACGAUGGAGUCAUUACGCGUGACCCCGAGCUCGAUCUUAGAUACCUGGCAACUGGUACUGGUACUGCCAUGCUGUCCAACCGUCUUAGUUGGUUUUACGACUUUCACGGUGCCAGCAUGACUCUUGAUACUGCUUGCUCGAGCAGUUUGAUGGCUUGUCACUUGGCCUGUAACAGUUUGAAGAUGGGAGAGUCCUCUAUGGCCAUCGUUGGCGGAGCCAAUCUCUUCUACAACCCGGACACCUGUAUUCCCCUCACUAGUCUUGGCUUCCUUUCGCCAGACUCAAAGUGUUAUAGCUUCGAUCACCGCGCCAACGGAUACUCUAGAGGCGAGGGUUUUGGUAUCCUCCUCUUGAAGCGUCUCUCUGAUGCAGUCCGCGACCAAGACACCAUCCGUGCCGUCAUUCGCAGCACUGUUGCCAACCAAGAUGGAAAGUCACCUGGAAUCACUCAACCCACCAAGCAGGCUCAGGUUGACGCUGCCGAGACAGCCUAUCGCCAGGCUGGGCUUGACCCGAGUGUGACACGGUUCUUCGAGGCUCACGGUACCGGAACCCCUGUCGGAGACCCCAUCGAAGCCAGCGCCAUUGCCCAGGUGUUCAGCAAGUAUCGCUCUCCUGAGGAGCCUCUCAUUGUUGGUGCCGUUAAGUCUAACAUUGGUCAUCUUGAGGGCGCUGCUGGCAUUGCCGGUCUCAUCAAGGCUGUCCAAGUCCUUGAGACAGGAGUGAUCCCUCCCAAUAUUUGGUUCGAGAAGGCAAACCCCAAGAUAAUUCCUGAGUGGCAUCUCAAGUUCCCCACAGAAAACACCCUGUGGCCGACUGAUGGUCUCCGACGGGCUUCGAUCAACUCCUUUGGUUACGGUGGAUCCAAUGCCCACGUCAUCAUGGACGAUGCUUUCAACUACCUCAAGGAUCAUGGCUUGAAGGGUCAACAUUGCACUGCCGAGCUUCCGAACAAGAAGCUUUUGGGUGCUCCCAAGGUUGAGAUCUCCGAGCCAAUCGAGGCGAAUGGCCACUCUAACGGCGAGGCCCCUGGCGCGAACGGACAUAACGGCGUGAAGACCGAAGAGUUAGGAGCUACCAACGGCCACAGCACCGGUGCCACCAAGACAAAUGGAGGUCUUGGCCCGAACGCUGCAGACAGAAUUUUCGUACUCUCCUCUGCAGAUGAGAGCGGUAUUGGCCGCCUUGCGGAGACCUACCAGCAGUACCUAUCCUCUAAGAAGGAUCAGAUCGAUGAUGAGGCCAAGUACCUCGAGGAUCUCAGCUUCACUUUAUCGUCUCGGAGAUCUCAACUCGCCCAUAGAGCCAACAUCGUCGCACCUAGCAUCGAUGCCCUCAUCGAGAAGCUUGGCGGCAAGCUGACAGCUAUCAAGGCCGGCACCAAGCCCAAGCUUGCCUUUAUUUUCACUGGACAGGGUGCUCAGUGGUACGCCAUGGGACGUGAACUCCUCGAAGUCCCUUCUUUCAAGGAGAGCCUGGAUUCUGCGUCGGACUACCUCCAUGAGAUUGGGUGUGAGUGGACCUUGACUGAGGAGCUCAUGAAAGACGAGAAGUCUUCCCGCGUCAAUGACGCUGAAUUCAGUCAACCUCUUUGCACUGCCCUGCAGAUUGCCUUGGUUGACCUGCUGACGAGCUACGGUGUCUCUGCCGGUUCAGUUGUUGGUCACUCCUCCGGAGAAAUUGCUGCAGCGUACGCUGUUGGGGCAAUCUCCAAGUCCACCGCGCUGAGACUUGCCUUUCACCGAGGCGCUCUCUCUUCUCAACUGUCCCGUGGUGAGGUUUCUCACACUGGCGGCAUGAUGUCGGUCGGCUUGGGCCAAGCUGAGGCAGAGAGCUACAUUGCUGACAUUGAGCAAUCCAAGACCCAAGUUCUAGUUGUGGCCUGUGUCAACAGUCCCAAGAAUGUCACUAUUAGUGGUAGCGUCGAACUCAUCGAUGCUCUCAAGGAGAAGCUUGACGAGAAUGGUGUCUUCGCCCGCAAGCUCACUGUUCAGAACGCCUACCACUCCCCACUCAUGGAGCCCAUCGCUGCCGAGUACAACCGUGUAAUUGGCAAGAUGAAAGCUGGGGUUUACCUCAAUGACUCGGCUCGCCCAACCUUCUACUCCUCCCUUGAGGGCAAGGCUAUUGACAUCAGCGCCCUUAGAAGCCAUGGAUAUUGGGUUAAGAACCUGCUCUCCCCGGUGCUCUUCUCCCAGGCUCUGUCUGCUCUGGUCAAUGACUCCAAUAAAAAGACCAAGAAACUUGGAGCCAAGUACAAGGGCACACCCAUUACCGAGCUUGUGGAGAUUGGUCCCCAUGCGGCACUCAAGGGUCCUGUCAGAGAGAUCCUAGCUCAGCUCUCGAACACCUCUUCUGUGGCUUAUGAGUCAGUACUCGUGCGCAAGCAGUCCGCCACAACCACUCUUCUUCAGACUGUCGGUUGGCUAUUCUGCAAGGGCCAUGCCAUCGACUUCAAUGCAGUCAGCGAUGCUCAGCCUAAGCUUCUGGUAGAUCUUCCCAGCUAUCCUUUCAACCACACCAAGACCUUCUGGGCCGAGAGCCGUCUGAGCAAGGGCUACCGCUUCCGGCAGCAUGCUCGUCACGAACUCUUGGGCGCUCCUGUGCCCGACUGGGACAAGUCCAAUGCCAUCUGGAGAAACUGGAUCAGGGUCAACGAGAACCCGUGGGUCAAGGACCAUCGCGUCACCGGUGCGACCUUGUACCCGGCCGCUGGCAUGCUAGUGAUGGCGAUCGAGGCCAGCCUUCAGCUCGCAGCGCCAGAGAGAAAGAUCAAGGGCUUCAGGUUCAAGGAAGUCUCUUUGCACAUGGCCUUGAGGGUGCCUCUCAAUUCCGACGGCGUUGAGACUCACUUCCACAUGCGCCCGUACGUCGAUAGCACGGCUUUAGCUGCAUCCAACUGGAGCGAGUUUGAGCUUCGCAGCUAUGAGAACGAUGGUUGGGUUGAGCACUGCCGUGGCCUCAUCCAGACGGAGUACGAAGUUCCAUACACCCCCGUUGACAACGGCCUUGAAGAUCGUCUCUUUGCCGAGCGCUGUGUGGACACCGUCCGGGAUGCUGAGACGUCUUGUACUGAGGAGGUUCAGAUGAAGCAGCUUUAUGAGAUCCUGCAGACUGUCGGUUUUGACUUCGGACCUACCUUCCAGAAUCUGUCUGAUGUUCGCAUCGAUGCCCAGCGUAACUCAGUUGCCACCGUCACGCCCCCCGAUAUCAAGAGCAAGAUGGCCUACGGUUACAUUCAGCCUCAUCACAUCCACCCCACUACCCUCGAUGGUGUCAUCCAAAGCGUUGUCGUCGCCAUGACCAUGGGUGGUAAGGAGAUGGGAAAGGUGAUGAUUCCUACGUCAUUCAAGGAGCUCUGGCUUUCCGCAGACGGCGCCAAACUCCAGAGCCCGCACAGAGUCCACGCCCACGCCAAGUUCCUUGGUCUUCGCCAGGCUGAGGCGACCUUCACUUCCAUUGAUGCAGCGACUGGAGAGCCUUUGGUUGUUGCUGAGGGUUUUGUGUCUACCGCAAUCGCUCAAAACUCUUCCAACAACGGUUCUGACUCCGGCCGCCAUCUCUGCUUCAACAUUGACUGGAAGCCUGACGUCAGCUUCGUGAACCAGGAGAUCGCCACCCGCACUUUCCUUGCUGACGAGGAGCUUCUCAAGUUCGACCCAUCUGAGCUUAUCAAGAACCUUGAGACGUUGUGCUUCUUGUACAUGAAGAGAUACAUGAAGACUGUCACUCCUGAAAUGGAGAAGGAGAUGAAGCCUCACCACCAAAAGUACGUUGACUGGAUGCGCUGGCAGUUCGAGCGGUAUGCCGAUGGCAAGAACUUCCAUCUCGACCCCGAAAUGGACAAGCUUGCAGAGGAUGGCACCUAUCUCAAGGAGCUUGAGGACAAGAUGGAUGGCAAGUCUCCUGAGGCCACCCUUGUUGUUGCCGUCGGUCGGGCCAUGCCGGACGUUCUGGCUGGGAAGCUUGAUCCCCUUCAGGUUCUCUUCGCCGAGAAGCGCGCGGAAAAUGUCUAUCGCGCCGCAACGGGUGCUGCCAUCAGCUAUCAGAGGCUUUCUGCCUAUGUGGAUGCUCUGGCCACUAAGGAGCCUGGUAUGAAGGUUCUUGAAAUUGGUGCUGGCACCGGCGGUAUGACGCAUCCGAUGCUGCAGACCCUCACUCACUACAAGGACCCCAACGCCAGCGGCAUUCGCUUUGCUAGCUACGACUUCACCGACAUCUCCCCUUCAUUCUUUGAGAAAGCCAGAGAAGUGUUCCACUACGCCGUCGACCGCAUGAAUUUCAAGACGCUCAACAUCGAGAACGACCCUGUUGCCCAGGGAUUUGAGCUUGGCAAGUACGACCUCGUCGUUGCUGCAAACGUCUUCCAUGCCACGCAGAGCCUCGAUGUCACUCUAAAGCACGUCCGCAAGUUGAUGAAGCCCGGUGCUCAGCUUCUUCUGUACGAGAUCACCAACAACACCCUCAUGCAAACCGGUUUUGGCUUCGGUCUGCUGCCCGGUUGGUGGCUGUCUGAGGAGAACUACCGCCAAUGGAGUCCCCUUCUCAGCGUGCCUGACUGGUCUGAACACAUGAAGCGGACCGGGUUCACUGGUGUGGAUUUGUCUUUCACAGACUACCAUGACCCCAAAAACCACGUCAGUUCCCUCAUGGUUGCCACUGCAUCCACCGCAGACGCGAAGCCUCGAGCUCAUCCAGAGGUUAUGCUGGUGACUUCCUCUUCCUCGGGAGUUUCUGACUCUGUUGCUGCAAAUCUCGACAGAACCCUCGCUCAGUUGGGUGUUGAAAGUCGCAUCUGCUCGCUCCUCGACCUUCAGGCGGACGACUUCGCUCACAAGGUCUGCAUCUUCCUGGGUGAUCUGCAGGCACACCCAUUCUUGUUGGACAUGGCACCCGAGCAGUUCGACGGCCUGAAGAAGAUGGUGACGUCUGCCAGUGGUCUCUUGUGGUUGGCUGCUGGUGGUGGCCCAUCAUGCAAGACUCCGACCGCGGAGCUAGUGACUGGUUUCUCAAGAACCGUCAGAGCGGAGAAUCCCAAGCUGAAGUUCGUUACCUUGUCGCUUGAAAAUGGCAGAGACGUUGAGAGCAUCUCCAAGUACACCACUCAGCUGUUUGAUGCCAUUUUCCUUUCUGGAGAUGAGUCAGUUGUGGACAACCAGUUCGCAGUGGUUGAUGGAACUAUUCACAUCCCCCGUCUGGUGGAGGCAACUUACAUGGACAAGGCCAUCAACGCCAAGACGAACAAGCCGAGACCUGUUGAAGUAGAGUUCGGCUCCGAUCCCAGCAGAGCUCUGAAAAUGGUCGUCGGAUCGCCUGGUCUUCUUGACACGCUGCAUUUCAUUGACGAUCCGCUAUACGAGCAGCCUCUCGCGGAUGAUCAAGUCGAGUUCAAGGUGAUGGCGAGUGGUCUCAACUUCCUCGACAUCAUGGUCUCGCUCGGUCAGGUGAUUGGCAACCAGAUUGGUAUCGAGGCUUCUGGUAUCGUCACUAGGGCUGGCAAAGACUCUCCUCUCAAGCCUGGCGACAGAGUCGCAGGUAUGCUGAGAGGUUCGGUGAAGACCUACGCCAGGACUCCUUACAAGGCCCUCGCCAAGCUUCCUGAUAACCUCUCCUUCAUCAAUGCGGCCACUCUCCCUGUCGUUUUCGUCACCGCCUACUGCGUGUUGUAUGACAUCGCAAACGUUCAGCCUGGAGAGACCGUCCUCAUUCAUGCGGCAGCCGGCGGUGUUGGCCAGGCCUGCAUUCAGCUUGCCCACCUUCGCGGCGCUGAAGUCUACGCUACUGUGGGAUCCCUCGAUAAGUGCGAGCUUCUCGAGAAGGAAUACGGCAUCCCACGAGACCACAUCUUUUCCAAUCGCGACUUGACAUUUGCGCAGGGUAUUAAGCGCAUGACGAAGGGCAGAGGCGUGGACGUCGUUGUCAAUGCUCUCUCUGGCGCAGCGCUUCGUGCCUCCUGGGACGUCAUUGCUCCCUUCGGUCGCUUUGUUGAAAUCGGGAAAGUCGACAUUUACUCGUCUGCUCGUCUGAAUAUGGAGAAGUUCAAGAACAACGUCCGCUUCGAGUUCUUGGAUGUCAGCUACUUUGGCGAGAACCACGAGGAUUCUUUCAACAGGGUUCUCAGGGCUAUCAUGCAGCUUGUUGCCGAGGGCAAGAUCAGCGAGCUGCGCCCCGUUACAACCUAUCCUCUGUCACGUGUUGAGGAAGCGUUCCGAUACAUGCAAAGUGGUGCCCAUUCCGGCAAGAUCGUGAUUGAACCGCACGAUGACGAUAAAGUUAUGAUUAUGCCGAGCCAGAAGCCAACUUACCACUUCGAUCACAAUGCGUCUUAUGUUAUUUCCGGUGGUCUGGGUGGUCUUGGACGCAGCAUGGCCAGCUGGAUGGUCCGGCGUGGGGCCAAGAAUCUCAUUUUGCUCUCCCGUUUCGGCCCCGUUCGUGAGUCAGGUCAGAAGCUCAUUGCCGAGCUUGAGUCCCAAGGUGUGCGUGUCGUCGCUCCACCUUGCGAUGUGACCAGUAGACAGACUCUCGAGCGCGUUCUUGAGGACUGCCAGAAUAACAUGCCUCCGAUCAAGGGAUGCAUCCAGGGCUCAAUGGUUCUCAAGGACGCCGUUUUUGCGAACAUGACCUUGGAGGACUACGAUACUGCCGUUCGACCCAAGGUGCAUGCAUCUUGGAACCUCCACGAGGUCUUGCCAAAGGACAUGGACUUCUUCAUCCUCCUUUCCUCUGGCUCCGGUAUCGUUGGAAAGGGCGGCCAGGCCAACUACUGUGUCGGCAACGCAUACCAGGAUGCCCUUGCCCGCUACCGCGUCAGCCAUGGCCUCAAAGCUACUGUCCUCGAUCUCGGCAUCAUCCUGUCAGUCGGUUAUGCCGCCGAGAAAAUCGACGUCAUGGGCCACCUCCGUGCCCAGGGCUAUGCUGCUCUGAGAGAAGAAGAGUAUCAUGCUCUUUUGGACGAGAUCUGUAACCCGGCCAACUCAGUUGCUCCUCUCGUUCGAUCCCAGAUCUCGCUGGGCUUCGAGAUCCCCGAGACCCUCCGGUCCAAGGGUAUUGAGUUCCCUGGCUGGAUGCACGAGCCUUUGUUCAAGCAUAUCCACCAGAUUCGCACGAUGGGUGGCAACACCGAGGACAGCAAGGACUCUGUAAACUACAGCAUGUUGCUAGCUGGUGCCGAGACGCUUGAGGCUGCUGAGAACGUCAUUACCAAGGCCAUCGUCCAGAAACUCUCCAGAGCUCUGGGAAUUGACGCUGCCACUAUUGAUUCAUCGCAGCCCCUGCACGCAGACGACAACGAGGACAGCGAUGACGAGGACGAUAACGAGGACGACGAUGAGGGCGACAACGAGGACGAGGACGAGGACGAGGGCGACGACAAGGACGAUGACGAGGACAACAAUAACAAGGACGACAACGAGGACGACGAAGACCUCAUUGACUAG